AUGGCUACUAGUAACAAUAGAAGCAGACAGAGUUUUAUUGAGGGUGAUGCUGAAUAUGGAAUUAAGAAACCCACUCCUUUUGGUAUUCUAUCAAGUUUUACUGGAACAUGUUUUUUUGGACUCAACGAACUACAUCUUUGGGGUCAAAAUAUUAGCAAGCACCUGUGGGCAAUAGUCACUGAUAAUAGGCAAAAGAAAUCUGAUAUCUCAAACCCGUUAUUUCUAAGGAAGCCAUACAGAGUUACUUUGGGUAAAAAACUUCUGUUAGCACAAGCCCUUAGCAACCAUCAUAGCAAGGAUGGAAGCUUUUUAAAUAUGGCAACCUCUGCUAGCUAUGGUAGAGCCGUUGAUUAUAUUGACUUCUUGAUGUUUGUGGUUCCUACUCUGCUGGUUGAAGCUCUAGAACUUCAAACUGAAGACCUGAAGAUAAAAUUGAAAAACGAAAAGAAAAGAAAAGGAAAAGGUAAAGCUGCCAAAGCAACAAUCCUGAAUCAAAGCAAUGAAAUUGAUCCUGAGGAACAAAGCAUUGGAACUGAAAUUGAGACCGUUAUAAGUUGUAUGGAUAGAACGGCUGAGGCCCUUGCAUUGCUUUCCUUGGUUUGCCAGCUAUCAGAGAAGCUAUAUAUCAGUACGGAAGAUGUCUCAGCCAUUGAACAUCAUGUAAAUAUAUGGCAUGCAUUUCUGCAAGAGCUUGUUGGAGGGAAAUGCUUCACUAUAAACCAGCACUACCUGUUACACCUCAGCAAAUAUAUAACAGAGAUGGGUCCGCUAAAAGAGUAUAGUGCUCGUGCAUUGGAAAGAACUAUAGACCUAUGCAAAGAAAACAUAAAGUCGCGUUCAAAGCCAGGGGAAAAUGCUGUAAGCUUUAUGCAUAAUAAUUUUGCGAGUGCAAAACAAAAAUGGCACUACGAACUCAACAAAAGGGAUGAAACUCAUGAAGCUGACUGUACGAAUAUUUCUUCUGACGAGUUGGAUAUGAUGCUUGAUGCCAAGAACAUACCUUUUGAUAAAAUGUUGCUAAAUUUCUGUGUUUGUGAAAACAUACCCUUCGACUCAAAAGUGCCCAUAGUUAACAGAGUAGAGUAUACAGUUGCUGGCAAUCAUCAGACAACAUAUAUUGAUGUCAACAUGGAUUUAUGUUUAAAAAUGAUGUUUUAUGUUAACAUCAAAAGACAUGAGUUUGCUGAUGUAUUUAUGUUGCUCUAUUUUGACACAAAUAAACAUAAAUUAAUGUCGACAUGGAUUUAUGUUAAAAAAUAA